GCCGUGAAAAGUCGUAAAAAAGUUAAAGUUCUUCACGAUUACUCACCAAAGUUCUUAAAGAAGUUUGAUUUUGUCCCUCUCCGUGUCUUUAAAAACUGGUACCAAUGGCAGACGUUCGGGAUAUUCUAGACCUGGAGCGUCCGCCGACUCCGGAACUGACCAAGGAAUCGCUGUUGGCCAAAAAUAAAAAGAUCUAUGAAAAGAAGCUGGCGGUCAAGCGUCCCGAGGGGAUGCACCGAGAGGUGUUUGCAUUGCUGUACAACGACAACAAAGAUGCACCGCCGCUGCUUCCGACCGACACCGGAACCGGAUAUAAACAAGCCAAGGCCCGGCUGGGCAUGAAGAAAGUUCGCCGCUGGGAAUGGGCACCGUUUGUGAAUCCGGCCCGGUCCGACGGAGCCGUGUUUCAUCACUGGAAGCGCGUUUCCGACGAACCGAAAGAAUAUCCGUUUGCCAAGUUCAACAAACAGUUGGAAAUUACCACAUAUAACAUGAACGAGUACAAUACCCACCUGAAAACUAAUCCAACCAAGUGGACAAAACCGCAAACGGAUCACUUGUUCGAUUUGGCCAAACGUUUCGAUGUUCGGUUCAUCAUAAUGGCCGAUCGGUGGGAUCGGGCCAAUUACGGCAGCAAAUCUGUUGAAGAUUUGAAAGAGCGAUAUUACGAAGUGACGGGAAUCCUGAACAAAGUCCGAGGGACACCGGAGAAAAAGAUUUUCUUGUUCGAUGGAGAUCACGAGCGUCGUCGCAAAGAGCAGUUGAAAAAACUGUUCGAUCGAACGCCCAAACAGAUCGAGGAAGAACAAAUGUUGAUAAAUGAGCUUAAGAAAAUCGAAGCUCGCAAAAAGGAAAGAGAACGAAAGACUCAAGAUUUGCAGAAACUUAUCUCUCAAGCCGAUCAACAGCAAACGGAACAGCAACAGCAGCAUCAGGCCAGUUCCCAUAAAAAGCACGAUAAGAAGUUGAAGAAGAAAAUCCAACAACAACCGCGCCCUUCCAAGGUCGAUUCCGUUGUAAAUGCCAUCGAGACGGCCGGCAUUAAGUUUACCGAUCUCCGUGGCACCGGUGUUUCGCUUCGAUCGCAAAAAAUGAAACUACCGGCAAAUGUUGGCCAAAAAAAGGCCAAAGCGUUGGAACAGGCGCUGCAAGAAUUCAAAGUCGAUCCCAAUCCACCACCAAUCGAGGACAUUUGCGUCGCCUUUAACGAACUCCGUUCGGAUAUGGUGCUGCUGUGCGAGUUGAGGACAGCUUUGGCCACCUGUACCUUCGAGCUGGAAAGCCUCAAGCACCAGUACGAAGCUCUCUGCCCAGGCAAAACGCUCAACAUUCCGGCCGCACUGGUCACCCCACCAUCGGAGGAACCAUCAUCCUCCUCAGCAACCGCCGACGAUGUUUCUGCUUUGAUGUGAAUUCAGAUCAAUGUUUGCAGUAAUUUUACUUGCUGUGUGAAAUAAAAUGUAACCAUCAUCAGAGUAAAAGCUACCAAAAUUUCGAGAAAGCCUUAUAAAAGUUGUUACCUUGGGGAACCUUU